AGCCAGUAGGCGGGGUCCUACUUAAGCCCCCGGAUGACGUCAGCUCCGCAGUGCUCGGCUUGUUGAUGCUGCAUCACCACUCAGGCUGACAUUGAGCUGAGCUGAAGAGUUCGUGAAAUGCAUCAUGGCAGCUGCAUCAUGUCUGGAUCCAGACCUGGUGCGAGAGGUGCUGGAGUGCCCCAUCUGCCUCGAAACCUACAAUCAGGACCAGCUCCGUCCCAAACUGCUCCAGUGUGGCCACUCUGUGUGCCGGCAGUGCCUGGAGAAGCUCCUGGCGAGCACCAUUAACGGCGUGCGAUGCCCGUUUUGCAGCAAGGUGUCCCGCAUGAGCAGCAUCUCCCAGCUGGCUGACAAUCUCACGGUGCUGAAGAUCAUCGACUGCGCGAGCUCGUGCGGCUCAGCAGCCGGCCUCAUGUGCAAGUCCUGCAAGAACCGGCUUCCGCGUCAGUACUGCUGCGACUGCUCCGUGGUGCUGUGUGAUGCCUGCAAGGUGGAAGGUCAUCAGCAUCAAGGGCACACUGUGCAGACCAUCCGCACUGCCGCCGAACAGCGCCGGAAAGACCUCGGUGGAAGGUUGACGAGUCUUCGAGAUACCAUGGCUAAUAUUCAGAAGAAGAAAGCGGCUAUUGAUAGCGUUUCAAAAUCCCUGCGUCUGAAAUACAAAGCGGUGCAGCAGGAGUAUGCCAGGGCUGAGCUACAGCUUCAAGAAGAGCUCGGGCGAUCGCGCCGCGCCUUUGCGGCAUCCCUUGCAGAGGUAGAGAAGCUCAAUUCUCAGAUUCUUGAAGAGCAAACGUAUCUCCUGAACAUCGCCGAGGUCCAGGUUGUGUCUAGGUGUGACUACUUGACCAUGAGGAUUAAGCAAACAGACACUGCUCUUCUGGAAGAGGCAGGUGGUAACGACGAAGAAGAGCUGGAUGUAAAAAGCAAUCUACCUGUACUCCUAAAGCUGCAAGAACCCGAGCUGGUCAAAACAGAGAACCCGCAGUCAUUAGACAUGGGACAGCUGACGACCAAGCAGUGCACCGUUAACACGGAUGAAGAGGAUGGUCAGGAGUUAGCCGCCGCCGCUGCCGCCGCCGCUGCUGUCACCACCACCACUGCCCCUGUAGAUUUGUAUCGUGACGUCGAUAUGACGAGCACUGUAGAGGAAGCAGUGUGUGCCUCACCAGGCAGCUUCAAAUCCAAAUCCGUGGAUGGGGGCGGACCUGCGACAGAGGGAGCAUCUGGAGGUCAGUUAUGUCAGUUUGUAAAGAAGAUGGGGUGCAAAGGGAACCUCCCGGGCAUGUUUAACCUGCCGGUGAGCAUCUGCGUAACUCCUCAUGGGGAUGUUCUGGUGGCGGACCGAGGCAACUAUCGAAUUCAGAUCUUCAACCGUAAGGGCUUCCAGCGCGAGAUCCGCCGCAACCCGAGCAGCAUCGACAACUUCGUCUUGAGCUUCCUAGGCGCCGACCUUCCCAAUCUCAUCCCUCUGUCCAUCGCGAUCACCCCUCAGGGACUCAUCGGCGUCACGGAUAACUACGAUAACUCUGUCAAGGUUUACACGACAGAUGGGCACUGCAUCGCAUGCCACAAGAACCAGUUGAUCAAGCCAUGGGGGAUAGCUGCCAUGCCUUCUGGGCAGUUUGUGGUCUCUGAUGUGGAAGGAGGAAAGCUCUGGUGCUUGGCGGUGGAUCGAAACGUCGGGGUUGUGAACUACAACAGGUUGUGCUCAGCCGUCAGGCCUAAGUUUGUGACUUGUGACUCUUCAGGGACGGUCUACUUCACGCAAGGAUUAGGUCUGAACAUCGAGAACAGGCAUAACGAGCACCAUCUGGAAGGAGGGUUCUCCAUCGGGUCGGUCGGGACUGACGGCCAGCUCGGGAAACAGCUCAGCCACUUCUUCUCUGAAACCGAAGAUUUCCGAUGCAUCACGGGAAUGUGCGUGGACGCCAAUGGGGACCUGCUGGUGACGGAUAGCGGCCGUAAGGAAAUCCUGCAGUUCCCCAAAGAAGGUGGUUAUAACAUUCUGAUUCAGGAGGGAUUGACAUGUCCCGUCGGAGUGGCAGUGACACACAAAGGACAGCUUCUGGUUUUAGAUUGCUGGGACCACUGUGUCAAGGUGUACACCUAUUUACAGAGGCGGCGCUCGUCGACUUGUUAAGACCGCACAGCUUUAUUUGAAUUGUCACUUUAACUCGAGGGCUGCGUUAUCUCAGCAAACAAAUUUCAUUGGUAGGGUUGAAAGAAGUGCAGACAGUCUUUCACUACUGCCAGCGAGAGAUUGAAAAAAAUGGCCCUGCUUUUACCAUUGUGGCUGCUUUUUUUUUUUUUUUCAGAAACACGGCACAACAGACGGCAAUAAAUUGACCAGUGUUGUCUUUUGAGUGGGGUGAUUGAUUUUGCGAAAUCAGUAAUGUGUACAAAAAUUUUGACAUCUUGUGCUGUGUUAGCAUCAAGAGGAAGGACUGUCAGGUUAAGGUCAAGAGCUAAGCAAAAUGGACGUAUUUUAUCUGGAUGCAUAAAUAUGUUUAUCCAGCAAUUAAUGAUUCCUGCUUGUGUCUUUUUCCAUCAACUGAUAAUUCUUCAAUGUCAAAGUGCCCUCUCGUAUCACAGAACAUGUGCGUAGUUUCAUCAUACAGCAUAAAAUAUCGGAAUACAGUGUAACUACAUCUAUUAAUCUUGGUAUAAAAUGAUUACGAUGAUGCAAUUAAUGACUUCAUCAGUGUAAAUGUUUUUGUAGCUGAAUACAAGUUUGUUGUAGUUACCAAAGGAUUCCAAGAUCAGGAUUUCUGUAAGCAUGUGAUCACUGCAAUAGCUUGUAAAUUCACCACAGAAAAUCAGACCUGCCAGCCUUUAGGAAUUUUGCGUAGAUGCUCCACAUCUUACGUUAAAAAAACGUAAAAAAAAAAAAAAAAAAACGCAACAGAUAAAGGCAGCAGAUGAGCCAAUCGACAUAUGAAUCUGGAACUGUGUAUUUGUUUUAGACCCUUCGAUAUUAGCUAACACCCCUUCUGGAAGCCCCACCCCUUCCCCAUUUCACGUUAGUCAAGUUUUUCCUCAGUGCUCUUGUCUUGUAAGAUGUAGCCUUGGUUUGUAUCACAGUAAAUGUGCAGUGCUUUGAGUUAAUUAAUGUGAAAUAAAAUCUAUCAAUGUACGUUCGAUGUAGCGAACAAUAGACAAGUAUGUAGUUAACGUUGGUGGAAAAUGUUGGUCAAAAAAAUACAGUGUUAGUCAAAUACAACACUUUUUCAACUGAAAGAGAAUAAUGCGAAAAUGUUUACCAAGGAAAAAAGAUAGAAUAGGUAAAAUAGGUCUACAAUAGAAUUACAAAACAAAUUGAAUGGUGAUAAUUAGAAAGUAAUUUAAAAACACUGAUGUCCUGCGUGAGUCAGCGCAGAUGCGUUCAAACGGCGUAGUCAAGCCCACGGUGGUAGAAACUGUGCGUAUAUUCCUGGUUAUACUGUAACCAACAGGUGUUUAGAGGGGAAAAAAGCUGCCACUCAUCUGUUUUCAUUAAAGAAAAGUUUACACGCACACUUUCUUACUAAUCGAAAAACAGUGUUACGUACAGCAAAUACUAAGAAAGUGCCCACGUUAACGACCCUUCACGAGACUACACAUUAUUCCUUGUCGGGUUUGGCAGGUCUGGAAAAUGAAAGCAGGACAAUAUAAAUCGCCGUAUACAAUCCUACAGCAUUCAAGUGUCCUUGUUUUGACUUACAACUUGUUUACGAGCUGGAAUUAUUAGGAAUUGAGUCUUAAUCAAAAUGAUCAGAGUAUAUGUAAUUAUAUGCACUUGUCAGUUUAUUUUGUACUGUAUGGAUUUGAGACGGGAAUUCUAUUGCAAGUAGACACAUCACCCGACCCCGCGUGUAGCUUUUGUAAUGAUUUAACACAGAAAUCAAGAUCUUUAAAUAAAACUGGGGUAUCCGGAGAAAACGUAGCCAUGCGUCAACCAACAAUCUGGAGUGAGUUUGAUCGUUUAGUUUCAGUUAAGUUCUGCAACGUGACACGUUGAAGUUUGGCAUGUCCCGAUUAAAUAAAUUUAACAUCGUAAAAUAAGUCUAAUUUUGUUAUAAUAGUUAGGAAAUUAUCCAAAUAUUGGUAUUCAGAAUAAAAGAGGAAAUACCAGCCAUAAAGCGUGUCGUUUAAACAAGUAAAAGUAAAUAUAUAUCUAGACAGUUCUGCCCACUGUGGUUUUUUUAUUUAUUGAGUAUUUAUUUAUUUUUUAACACUUUAAUAAAAUUCACGUCUGGUAAACAUGGUGGAAUGUUACAUUUGGUCAAAGUAGCACUUAGAAAGCACUUAACUGGACAAAUUUUAUCUCCGGAACUCAAAUUCUACUCAAAAAUCCCUCCUGAAGGCAGUGCAGAGGGUAAUUAGAGUAUUUUAAUAAUACAUGUUUACAAUACGUCAAAAUCGGGACAUGCUGACUUUAAAUCGAGUCACGUUCAAGAGCAGCAUUUAGCCUAGAAUUAACAAAGUGACUUGAAAUGUCCAACUCCAUUAAGUAAUCGUCCGGCCCAUAUCUUUAAAAAAAAAUAAAAAUUCUUAUUAAAAAACAGGGUGCUGUAAUCACACAUCUCAGUCCUUGACACUACAACAUGACAGUGUUCUUGCAUAGACGUUGUGAAGUAAAUCUCUCCAAUUCUUUGUUUGUGUUUGUUCAUGAUCACUUGUGUGCAAUAAAUUCAUUAAUAAAUUA